GCAAUUUUGAGUGAUAAAAGCAGAGCCUACACAUUCGUAAGGGAGAUAAUUCCAUGUAUGCAAUUACGUGGGGUUGCUAAAUCACACGUUAGUGCAUUCGCCUGGACGCACCUUCGCCGAUUCGCAUGCAUGUGAAGGAAAACCUCGUCUGGCCACUACGAGAAAGACAUCACCAAUUGUUUCAGAUUAGCAUUGUUCACGUGUGUGUGAAAGCGAGUCGAUUAAGCGAUAGAGGAGGGGGUGGCGUUCGACUGCCGUUAGAGGCACUUCAUCUGUUAAUUGCUCCACGUGUUUAGCGCCCAUCGGUGUGUGUCUAUACGAAGGGGAGUAGCAAAUUAGGCACCCAUUUUUGCGUUCGCCGCGGCAGAGAGCUACUCCUCAACACGCAGGAAUUUUUUUUCCCCUCUCGCACCACUUUGCAACUGCCCCGGUUGAUAUACUUCCAAAAUUGGGGAACUGCCAACAUUUGGGGGAACUGCCGAUAGGUCACCCUUUUAGACGCCUUCCCAUUUCUCGAGUAGCAGCGCUGAAGGAGGGACGAAGCGAACGUGGCGAAUCGAUUCUGAGCACAUGUACAGGAAACUAUUCCCAUCCCCGAAUUGCACAGUGGAGACGUAAAAUGAAUAAUGAACGAAGAAACACGGUGUACAAGGGAAGAGGGUUCAUCCUGAAAUCAGCCAACAAAGAGUACCUAGAAAGCAGCAGCAAAAAAAAGACAAAAGGCACCCUCAAUGAUAGGAGAAAAAACAUUUUUAAUAAAUACAACCCAGUGGUAUUGCCCCUAUUAGGUAAUUACAAAAGUAGGAAGGGGGAAGAAUCGGGGAAAAAGGACAUCAACUUGCUGAACGAGAGCGAAAUAAAUAGCUUCUUGCUGAGGAACAAAGCGUUUCGCCUUACUUGGUCAUCUAUCAUAGAUAAAAUACAAAAAGAAAUAGACAGCCAGAUCUCCAAAAAUUUGAGCAAUGUGUUUGAGGAGAUUUACGCCUACUCAGUUUCGAACCAUGAGUACCUGCCCCUGAUUUUGAUGACGGCGGGGACGAACGUGGCGGACCACGAGAUAAUCAUCGACGCGCUGUCGUACGAGUUGAAGAAGUGGAAUUACAACAAGGGGGGGAGGCGCGGUGGAUUUAGCGGUGGAUUCAGCGGAGGAUUCAGCGGAGGAUUUAGCGGAAAAUUCAGCGGAGGAUUUAGCGGAGGAUUUAGCGGAGGAUUUAGCGGGGGGAGCGACCCUGCCUCCGCCUCCGCUCCAGGCGUUCCCCACACACAGUUGAACAUGUUGAAGUUGAGGUCUCUCAGGGGGGGAGAGGACGCAUGGGGCGACUCUGACGCGAGCAGCGCAGGGGGGAAGACUCCCCCCUCGGAGGGGGGGCAGAACGAGCGGCAGAACGAGCGGCAGGGGCAGCAGCGGGGGCAGCAGGAGGAGCACCCGAAUGAUCAACCGAAUGAUCAACCGAAUGACCAACCGAACGACGCACAGGGGGACCGCUCGUGGGAAGGCGGCCCAAGUAGGGAAAAGAAGAGGCGGCUAAAUGGAAGCCUCGACGAGGUUACUCCGAACCAGCUGGACUGGCACGACGAGAACGACGUGUAUUUGUGCUCUCUCAAUUCCAGCACGUCAAAUAAUGUGAACGCGGCUAUUUACAACAUAUACAGUCAGCUGUAUAGGGAGUACAAGACGAGGGCGUUUUUGGCAAAGUACCGAAGGAAGAGGGGAGCAAAUGGAGAGGAUUACCCUGGGGAGGUUCGGGUGAGUCCGAGAAGGAUGGGCAGUAACGAUUCGGAGGGGAGUGCCCGAAAUGGACAGAAGAGGGACAUUUCAUCUUGCCCCUUUAUCCCCAAUGGGGAGGGGCACUCCAAUUAUUUCAAAGUUAGUAAAAACAUGGUGAGCAUAGACAAGCUGAUCGAGUUGUAUCGCCAGAUGAGCGAAAUUGAGAAGAAGAGAGAAGGAGGGAAGGCCAUUGAGAAGGGUACAGCUAGAUCGAUGGAUAUCUCUGAUAUUUACAGCCAAAUGAGGGACCAAAACGACCAUUUUUUACAAACUCAUGCAGAGAUGGCACUGUAUAGUAAGCAAAAUGAAUACUUCGAAGAUGGGAGGAAAAAAAUCCGAGUGAUCAUCCUCAUCCACGACUGCGAGUAUUUCAACAUAAACGUGCUGAAUGGCGUUUUGAACGUUUUAAUAAAUUUACGGGUAGAGAACAAGCUGUGCCUGAGUGUCAUCCUGGGGGUGUCCACUCCUUCCUUCUUCUUCAGUAGAAUUACAACCCCAGAUACACAGAGUAAGCUGCACAUUAAGACCGUCGAUAUUCUUAACAAUAGGGUGAUUUGCGAGAGGGUGUGCGACGACCUGCUGUUUGGAGACACCUUGCCAUUCAUCCUGAACUUUCGAACCAUGCACGCGAUCAAGCUGCUGCUGCAUAAGAACAACCAGUCGAUUAGCCACUUGGUGCACAUCCUGUACGUCCUGACGAAGGAGUUUUACGACAGCAAUGUGUUUUCGUUUUUGUCCCUCCCGAUUGGGUACUACUUGGGGGGCGGCAUGGGGGGCGGAAUUGGGAGCGGCAUGGGAGGCGGUAUUAGAAGCGACAUUGGAGGUGACCCCCCCACGGAGUACUCCCCGUACACCUUCGUGCGGUCGAACCAGAAGUCCUUCAGCGACUACGCCAAAUUUGACAUGCGGGCCCUCCACAGGAAGAUCAUCUGCCUCUGCUACUCGGCCAACAUCUACUACUCCCAUUUGUCAUUCCUCAAGCGCAAGUACUCCUCCGUCCUCGUGCCGAAUUAUUUCACCCUGCAUGGGAAGGACUCCAUCGUGCACACGCCGACGAACUCGGACGCCGAGGUGGAAAGCUUCUCGCUGAGGAGGAGGGCUAACCGUAAGAGGAAGAGUGUGACGGGUGAAGCGUCUGGGGAAUGCACCCAGGGGGGGGCCGACACGGCGGCGGUCGCGGUCGCGGUAGCAGACGAAGACGUGGCAGCCCCCUCUCAUAGUAACCACCAUGCAGGGGAGAGGCAAACCAAGUGGGAGAACGACGACGCUGCGGGGGGGAGCGGCCCGAGUGAUCAGCCUAUAGGGAAAGGGAAAAAGGGCCCGAACGGACGUCUAGACAGUCGCCCCGACAGGCGCCUGCUCGCGUGGCAGUUCAAGGCGAGCACCAUCAACUGGUGGUUCGACCACCCCUUCAAGGACCUGGUCUACUCAUACCAAAACGAGAAGGCAAAAGGCAGUUUGAAGAGCGAAAUAGACGCGCUGCUGGACAGCACGGAGGAGAAGAGCGUCAGCAACCUUCACGAUGUGGACAGCGUACAGGAGCUUAACAAGCACCUGUGCGAGUUGGCCUUGCCUAGAGCAGUGCUUCAGCUUAUAGAAAGGAAGUACGCCUUUAACAUAGCCAUCAACUUAAUCGCAACCAUUAUUAAGUGUAAAAAUGAAUACGCAAAUUCUUUGAAGCGAGUGGACUAUUUUAGGAGACUCUUCAUAAAUUUCGAGAAGGCAAAGUGGAAGGAUAAUAAGAGCAUCCUCCACAUUGAGGACAUCUACAAAGUCGUCGAGAAUGAUGUGAAACAGUGUGUGGGGUUCCUCAUCGAUAUUGUCACUCCGUACUGCUUCAAAAACCAGGAGGUGCUACUAGCCAUGCUGCAGGAGUUUAAGAAUUACUACACGAGGGUAUACGCCCUUGUGUACAACUUGGAGGACUACCUAUUUCUGCUGAGGGAGAAGGAGAAGGAGAAGGAGAGGGGGCUCUUCACGAAUGACGAUUUUGCCAAGUGCUCCUCCGGCGGGUACUCCUUCUCCUUUUCUGUGUACUACUCGCUGCUUUUUAAGCUGGACGACUUGAUCGAAAUGGUGCGGACGAUGUUGAGUCAGCAGAGGGUUAGCCUGGUAAGCGGCAUGGUAAGCGGCACGGUAAGCGGCACGGUAAGCGGCACGGUAAGCGGCAUGGUAAGCGGCACGGUAAGCGGCAUGGUAAGCGGCAUGGUAAGCGGCACGGUAAGCGGCACGGUAAGCGGCAGUACCGCUGCUGCUACUACUGCUGACCUUGCCGAGGGGGGGAACCACUCGCCCGUGGUGGGGCACCGGCAGAAGAAGGCCGUGCCCGAGAAGAAGAAGGCGUACAAGAGGUACCUGACCAUCCAGAACAGCAGCUUGAGGAAGGGGCCCAACGACGAAACGGAGAGGAGAGUAAAUGUAGAAGAUAUCUCCAACUCGUUAAAUCUCUUUUUGCAUGACUACCUGAACAUGCUGCUGCUACCUCCCCUGUAUUGCCACCCCCUGGCCUACGAAAUGGUGAUGCACAAGCCGGACAAAGAGUUUACAGACCUUAUGACUAGGGAUAUAAAGACGGAGAUCCUACAGACCCUCUGCUAUACAAAUCCGUACAAGACGGGCAGCCUCAUCUGCUCCUGCUGCUCCUUCCCCGAGAAUAUGGCAAACUCAGAUAUGAGCACCAACAUAGUGGGAGACGGCAAGGUGUAUCUGAACCCCUAUUACGACAAUGUGGCCACUCUGGAGGAUUUGAUUAACGUCUACAGGAUUUACGAGCGGUGCAACAAGACGGUGGAUUUGUACAACUUGUUCAUCCUCUUCGUGAACGUCAAGGUGGACGGCAUCGCGGAGUUGGCUACUUCAGCGGCUACGUCAGCGGUUGCGUCAGCGGCUACGUCAGCGGCUACGUCAGCGGCUACACCCGCGGCCACGUCGGGGACCGCCCCGCCGCUUUACACGCAGAUGCUGCAGGAGUACUACCUCAAGUUCAUCAUCGCCGUGUACACCUUCUGCUCCUUCCUCAAAAUCCUCAAGCCCCCCAACGUCUCUGCCCUGCUGAACUACACGGAGAAAUGCGACAACGUUUCGGAGGAUGAGGGGGGAGAGGACGGGGGAGGCAGCGGACAUGGGAGAGACCGCCUCAGCGCAGACGAAUCGAUCGGCAAGUUCAUCUCCGACAUCCGCAAGUCCCUACAGGGGUGCACCAGCAAGAAGCUCCUGUUCGGGAAGCUCUACUACAACCAGACCAUCGUGUCGCGCGAGAUGCACCUGCAGAGGCUGAUGAUGCAGCACAACGCGGACUUCAGUAGCGAGCUGCGGGGCGGGGACGAGCCCUCCGGCAAGCGUAAGCGCUUAUGA